AUGGAAUGUGUAUAUUUAAAAAACUAUAUCGUUCACUUUCCCUCCCACAUUUGCUUCUGGAAACAGAAUCGAGUUAGAAAAGAACUGCAACUAGGAACACAACCAGAAUAG